AUGCUGCGAAUAUUUGCUCGAGGGAUGCAGCGGCGAGGGUUGUCGUACGGGAGCACGAGCUGGCUGAGCAACAGGCUGUCGAAGAAGCUGUCACAGUUUGGCGCUUUCGAUCAGGUCAAGAAGGCAGCGGACGACAAGGCCAUGGUCCUGCUGGGGAUGUGCUACGCGAUGGGACGAGACGUGGAAAAGUGCGACGUGACAGCAGCUGAAUGGUUUAAGAAGUCUGCUGCGAAAGGAAAUGCUGAGUCGAAGCUUGCUAUGGGAUUGUGGGCAUUGGAGGGGCGAGGAAACAUGAAGGCGGAUCCCAUAGCGGCAAAGCCAUACCUUGAGGAAGCGUCGGCAGCGGGCCUGGGCGAUGCGAGCGCCAUCCUUGGUAUCUUGUGGUUGGAAGGGAAGCUGGGAAAGAAGGACGAGGCAGCAGCUGCCGAGCUCUUCCGUAAGGCAUCGGACAAGGGAAACUGGCUAGCAACGUACAAUCUGGGUGUUCUGAUAGCGGAGGGAAGGGGGAUAUCGGCGAGCCCGUCCAAGGGAUACGAGCUUAUCAGAAAGUCAGCAGUCGCUGGCCUUGCAGAUGCUCAGUACGCUCUUGCUGCUGCGUAUAACUUUGGGGGGAUGAAGCUUAAGAGAGACGCAAAGAAGUCUCACGAAUGGAUGCUCAAAGCCGCGAAACAGGGAAAGGCUUCUGCACAGUACAACGUGGGCGUUCAAUUUGCCAACGGUGAAGGAGUAGAAAAGAACUUGAAGGAAGCAGUGUUGUGGUAUACAAGAGCCGCAGAACAAGGAUUGGUGGAGAGCAUGUGUAAUUUGGGAACUCUUCUUCUCAGUGCUGAUGAGGUGAAGAAUGAGUCUGAAGGCUUCAGAUGGUCACUACAAGCGGCUCAGAAGGAUUUUGACAUGGCGAAAUUCAAUGUUGGAUACUGCUAUCACACAGGCGAGCUGUUGCCUUUGGCUUCCUCUCCUUAUUCUCGUCCAGGACUCGGGACAGACAAGAACGCAGAGGAAGCGAUGAGGUGGUACAAGGAGGCAGCAGGGAAGGGGCAGAAGCUGGCCAUGCUUCAGCUCGCCGCCAUGUACCGCAAGGGCGAAGGAGUACCGGCUGAUGAAGAAAUGGCGAAAGAAUGGGAGAGCAAAGCACAAAAGUAG